GCCUAUACGAUUAUAUCGAUGUAUUCGAUAUUGCUGCAUUCAAUAGUGUAAUCGAUUUUUGCAAGCUCUAUUGUUGUCGGUGCAUUUUGUCUGUCGGUCGUCUUUUUUCGUUGUUUGUCAAAUUCUGAUUUUAUUAUAAUAAAAAUUAAAUAGUAUUCCUUAAAUAAAUUUAAAAAAAGUUUUGUACUUUUGACAACUACAUUCCCAGCUACGAUGUCAGCGUGGGGAAAUUUGUGCCGUGUCUGUGCUAGCCCUGCCGAUUAUGAUAUCUUCAACAAAAUACCUGUGUAUCUGCAUGAAAAUAGCAAGGAUAUGCUACAUUGGCAAACUCCAAUUUAUGAGCUGAUACAGGAUAUAACCGGAUUGCGAAUCUUCCGGGAUGAUGGACUGCCGCAACAUAUUUGUGCUCUGUGUAUUUCAUAUUUGAAACAUGCCUUUACAUUUCGAGAAAAAGCGAUAGAAAUGCGACUAAAUUUUAUGGCUGUAAAAGAAUACAAAGAUAUUGUUAAGGGUAAAGCGAAGUGGAAUAUUGAAGAUGAAAUCAAUAAGAUACUGGGUCCCCCAUCCUCUCAUAAUAACGAACUAACAGAGGAAAAUGCAAUAUCAAUAUCUGGACGACCAAUGCAAUUCAAUAAUACAGCGGAUGAAGACAGGACAACAAAUUGCUUUUAUAAAGAUCAAAAUAAGGUGAACAAGAGACUCAUAACCACCACGACGGACAACAGUAAUAUGGCUAGAAUCCUAACGAAUCAAACGAAAAGUUGUCUUGUCUAUCUGUGUGAGCUUUAUGAGAAUCCCGAUAUGUACGACAAUAUAACGGGCAAAGGUACAGUAGGAUUUGGUGGACAAGGUACCUCAGCAAAUAGGGCUAGACAUAAAAAACAUAACCUAAUGAAAUCGGCAUCAUUUGAUACGGCCGGCAGUAGCGGGUAUGGUAGGAAAAAACAAAACUAUGAGGAUGAUUAUCCUCGUAAUGGUUCCAGUGAUGAAUAUGACGAACCUGAAUCGAAUGGUGACAGUGGUAACGGUGAUCCAAGCAGUCACAAAAAUACAAAUAUAUUCUCCUACAAAGAGAAAAUAUUCGAAGAAGAUGACAUUAUGGAUUUGGAUGAACUGAAAGAUCUGAUAAGCAUGAACAUUGAAUCUACAUGCAAGGAACACAAAUGUAAAUACUGUUCGAGACGUUUUAUGUUUGAAGAGACCAUACAGGAACAUUUGAAAACGUGUGUAGAUUACAAGUUCACUGAAUUCUUUGAAGAAAUCAAAAACCUGAUGUAUAUAAAACGUUGCAAAGAGAUUUCACCACACGAAUUCAUACGGCGUAUGAUAUUUUCUAUACGCAAGACAUGUGAAUGGCUCAAGGAGAAUUUAAUUGAUACCACAUUGCCAGAUUUGCUGCCAAGUAGAGAGGUUACAACGGGUGCUGGCGAAAGCUCCGAUGCAAAUCCAAAACAAAUAGAUAACAAUAAAAUUGAUAGAGUAGAGGCAAAUAAUGCACAGACCACUGUGUUUCGAGCCAAUCCCAUUAAUGCCAGCAAUAAUAUUCUACAUGUCGUGGCAAAUGCAACGAACAAAAAUACAAAUCAAAGGGUAAAUAAAACAGUUUUUGGUUCAUCAUUUUUACAAGAUGAUGCGUCGAUCUUGACGAGCGGAACGGCGGCGCCGCCAACAACUGUCCGCCAAACACCGAUUAACAUAAGCAAUAAUAUUUUACAUGAAAUUGAGCGAUCUGAAAUGAAAUUAAAAAAGCCCAUUGCCCGUUUGGCUACUACGACUUUUAAUAAUGCCCUAACUGCCAAAUCGCCAAUUGAGAAUCCAGAACGCAUGGCAUUUUUGGAAAAAUUGCAAAAUGCAGCUAAAACACAAACUCCUCCGCCUACCCACAUGAUGAUGGGUAACAGUAGUAGUCCUGUUAUUGAUAGUCUUCCACUUAUAGCGGUACGUCAAGAUCUGUUAGAGACAACAACGACCACGACUACCACAACACGAACUCGAAGAGCUCAUGUUUCGCCACUCUUGGAGCUUCUACAAAAUACUCGAAAAACGCCAAACCCCAUGAGCAGCGGUAACAGCGGAGCCCUCAUCAAUCCCUGUGCCCGUUGUCCCACCUGUAAUCUCCUAUUCGAAACUCUAGAUGCCCUCGAGAUACACAAUGCUCUGCAGCACAAUACCAAAGCAGACAAUGUGCCAACAGCAGCUGCCACGGAUGACAACGACCUCGACAAUGAGGCCGAGCAUAGACGUAUUAUAGCUCUGUUCGAAAAUGAAGAUGAAUUUUAAAUUAAAUUCACUUUCUUAUAUUUAAUGUAUUACUAUUAUGAUUUUAACUUGAUGAUGAUAUUUAAAUGAUUUAUGUUUUUUGUAAGACUGUCAAAAUUAUUAUCAUUAUUAUUGUCUGUUUUAAAGGAAAUCUGAUUUUAGCUUAUCUAUAUUUGUUACUAUUCAAAUGUAUAUUUUUAUGUUCAAUUUUCAUUUAUUAUUUUUCUAUUAUUUUAGGCUAUCUUUAUUAUCAUUUAUUUACGUAGCUUACAUACGUAUGUUAUGUGUUUACAAUGAUUUUAUGCAUUGACGAAUUGACUUCAAUAUGUAUAUGUAUGUUUCCUAAGACUGUAAUACGUGUUUAUUAACUAUACAUACCAAUUAUUAUUAAAUAAAAAAACAAAACUAACAAUACGAUAUUGAAAUGAAAUACAUUCAAUGUAAAGAAAAAAAAAUAAAUUUAAUUUAUUAACAA